UAAAAUUGGCAAUUUGUGGAAUAAACGCUACAAUUACUUUGAAUUUUCCCUUAAUUGUAAUUUUAGUUAUGCAACGUAAUCAAUUAGAAGAGGGAGAAAUUGAAGAAAUUGAAGAAAAUGAACAACAACAACAAAAUAACCAACAACAACAACUUCCACAACAACAACAAAUUCCACCACAACAACAACAAAAUAAUCAACGUCGAGAGAAUUUAGCUCUCUUAGAUAAUGUACAAGCGAUUUUAGAAAGACGCUAUGAGUUGAAUCGCUGGGUCAGAGGUGGAUCAGAGGUGGAUCGGAAUUCCGACUUCCGACGUUCUUUUCCUUCCGAUUUCCGCCGUUUUUCCUCCCAAUUUUCGACGUUAUUCAUUCCAAUUUUCAACGUUUUUUGCUAUCAAUUUCCGACGUUUUUUCCUUCCGAUUUCCGACGUUUUUUUCUUCCGAUUUCCGCAGUUUUUUCCUAUCAAGUUUCGACAGUUUCUCCUACGAUUUCCGAUAUUUUUUUCUUCCAAUUUCUGAUGUUUUAUUCUUCCAAUUUCCGACGAUUUUUCCUUCCAAGUUCCGCCGUUUUUUUGCUAUCAAUUUCCGACGUUUUUUCCUUCCGAUUUCCGACGUUUUUUUCUUCCGAUUUCCGCAGUUUUUUCCUACCAAGUUUCGACAGUUUCUCCUACGAUUUCCGAUAUUUUUUUCUUCCAAUUUCCGAUGUUUUAUUCUUCCAAUUUCCGACGAUUUUUCCUUCCAAGUUCCGCCGUUUUUUUGCUCCGAUUUCCGAAAAACAUCUGCUACUGAUCCGACCCACCUCUGGUAAUCCCAAGAUGUCAGCUUAUCCAAUAAUUAUACAAUUAAAAUACUUUUUUAGAAUGAUUUUUCAAGACGUUAUCGGCAACGUCAUCCAAAUGUCGGAGGUUAGCUAA